AUGGAGAACACACACACACACACGUGCACAUCCAUACACAGGCUUCACGAACCCACAACAUCACGAGUUAAAAGCCCUCAACCCCACCUUAGGGUCCACUCCCACCCAGGACAGGAGUUGAUAGAGGACUUCUCCUCACAGACAGGCAGCAGGAGGCAGACCCUGCUUUGGCCAGUGGCCCAUGCCCACCGCCACCCGUCCUGGCUGAACACCCUCGGGCUCGCUGCCAGGAGGGACACGACCCAGCUCCAGCUGCCUGCGAUUUCCCGCACUUGGGCUUGGGCUCUGGGAGGUGAGGAGAAGUCUGGGGUGGCCAAGAAUUGGGGGGUUCCAGCCUCCCGAAGAGCCACCGCGGGGCAGCCAGCCUGGUCUUCACUGGCGGUGCAGAUGGUCAGACUGACGUAUGGACUUCCACGGCAGGAGGUGGACAGAUGGCCAGAAUGA